AUGGAGUCUGAAAAGAGCCUUAAAUCCUAUGAGGCCAUCGACAUGAGUGAUCCUUUCGAUCGUUCAUCUUUUUGUAUCGGGACUACAGAAAUGGAGGGCGUCAUACAACUCGGGGACCCACGCUUUCGAGCCACUCUAAAGUCGGCCUUCGUCGAGGCUGACAGCAAGGGAUUGGAGGGGACUUUCAAUCUCAAGCAGAAGCUCCGGAGUGCUACCACUUUCGACUUCUGGCAGAUAUUGAUGGAGGGCAUGACCGAAAUUAUGGGAGCUCAGUAUGCGUUCGUGGCGAAGAGGGUGCUGGAGGACGACGAGUACACGGCUGUGGAGAUGCCCGAAUUCGGCGAGAGGGGUUCGUGUCUUAUGGGGUUGGCUUUCUAUUUUACCGAUCACAAGGGAUCUUCGGGGACAUAUCGGGAUUUCAAGUACAAAGUUUACGGAUGUCCUUGUCAGUGGAUGAAGCAUGACAAGGUGUUAUUGAUUCCUGAAGGGCUGAAAGCGCUUACGCCGGAUAAUCCGAAUGCUGAAGCAUUUCCAAUUCUUCCCGAGGGCUAUCUUGCCGUGCCAUUGUUUCAUAAGGGGAAAUGCUUUGCUCAUAUGGGGGUUAUGUGGACAGAAGAGGGCUUGAAGGAGAGGCCACCCAUUAGUUGGGCCAUGUUGGAGAUGUUUUUACAUACUUUGGAGGACCAGGUUACUGCCCGGAUACUGGAAGGAGAAGGGUUUGGACCUAAGAUGGAGAACGAGGUUAUUCCUAAUGAGGCCGUUACUUCACGGCAGUCAUUAAAGCCCUAUGCACGAAGCUUAUCGCACGAAUUGCGGACACCUAUGCAGGGCGUUGUUGGGAUGUUGGAUGUUAUGUAUGCUUCGGUGUUAGAGGCUACGGAAUGGGAGGCAGGCGAUAUGGGGCAGAUCCGGAACAUGGUAGAGUCUCUUAGGGAGAGCAUAGAGGUUGCUCAAGACAGUUCAAAACGGGCUGUUGACGCCGCCGAUAACAUGGUUCACGCUUACGAUCUCGACAUGGAGGUUCCCUCGACACCAAAGAUGGCUAGCCAGGUGCUUCUAGAUUUACCCGACGAGUCGGAUUCCACCUUGACGCCAAUGCAGGACAACGACUUUGACCUGUCAACGCCAAGAGUGAUGCCACGACAGUCGAGCAAACGGCGGCGAGAAUCUUGGUCACCGGAGGACAUGAUGCCGCACAAGGUGCGGCACCGCAGCCAGGGCCUAGACCACGAUGGGGAUGGCGACGAGAUACUUGGCCCGCCAUUAUUAUUAUCGCGGUCGAGGAGUCUCUCACCACCCAGCUACACUGGGUCCCCUGCACCCCUGCUGAUGCCCGAUGACAUACAACGGCGGGGCAGCUCGGGCCACAGCUUGCUGUCAGCUGCUUCCCCAUCGCCGUCUGGUGCUUGCCUGUUCUUUGACGCGGCCGGGAAAAUACAGCUAAAUUCUCGCCCCUUAAAGAUUCGGGAGUUGCUGCGUCAGAUUCUCCACGACACGCUGAGGUCUGGUGGGCGACCUGAUUCCACACGGUCUUCGGAGACGCCGGAGGGGGAGAGGAUUAUUGUUUCGACCAUAGGCCCUGGGGAGAUGAAUAGUACUGUUGAGAUUGAGUUGAGGGUGGAUGAGAGUGUUCCGGAAACGCUUGUUGUUGACGGGAAUGCCCUGACGAAACUACUGUCGAGUGUGUUCCACAAUGCUGUGAAGUUUACCGGGAAUGGAAGCAUUUCUGUCGCCGUGGAGGUUCUGAACCCCGUUUCUCCCCAGGUGUUAUUUUCCAUUACAGAUACUGGAGAAGGUAUUCCAGAGGAAUUCUUACCACGCCUGUUUAAAGCGUUUUCUCGGGAAGACGCUUCAAUGACAAGGCAGCGGGAUGGCCUAGGAUUAGGGUUAUUGGUAGCGAAGGGUAUCGCCCGUAAGAUGGGCGGAGACCUGUGGUGCGAGCGAACGUCAAUAGACGGGCCUGACAAGGGCUCAGAAUUCCAUGUCAGACUGCCGUUAACCCCUGCAGACGGCUCAAGCACGCCAGGAACACCGGUGGUGAACCCGAAUACUCCAGCAUUAACCCCACCAUUAUCCUUGCUACCCAACCCGUUGCCAAGCUGGUCAUUAGACACCUCUCGCCGAAGCCCGUUCACUGACCCCUCCCCCCAUUACUACCCCCGGCCUCUAAGUUCCCCAUUCCAUUGCCACCGCCGCCGCCCUCCCCUCAAACUACCCUACGACAAAACCCUCGCAACGAAAAUACCUCUCUCGAUCCUCGUCGCCGAGGACAACAAGAUUAACCGAAAACUGCUAACGAGCAUGCUUCGGAAGCUCGGAUACACCGACAUCUCGGAAGCCUGCGACGGGCAGGAGGCCGUAGAGAUUAUGUCGAGUCCGCGGCAUCCUCCGAUAGAUGUUGUACUUAUGGACUUGUGGAUGCCACGGAUGGAUGGGUACGAGGCCACAAAACGGAUCUUGGAGUCACGAAGGAGAGGAGCAAAGGGAGGGAAUGGGGGGGUGGGGGUUACGGUGUUGGGCGUGUCGGCUGAUGCGACGCAGGCAGCUAUGGUCAAGACUUCGAGCGUCGGCAUGAAGGGGUUCAUGUCGAAGCCCUACAAGAUUGUCGAUUUGGAGAGGUUGAUUGUGGAGUUUUGUGGAGUUGUGGUGGGGGGAAGAGUAAUCUCUAAUUGAAUGGUUUUGACGCCUUAUGACGGGGUGUUUUCUGAUUUCUGAUUUCGGGGGGGUUUCCUCUCUCUGGCCUUGGCUUUGUUGGUAAAGAUUUUUCUUAUCUGUUUUUCAUAGCGGAGCUGGUUGUCUGCUUGCUUGUUUGUCUGGCGGUUGGUUGGUUGGUGGUAUAGACGCGUACAACCUUUGCUUUCCCAUUUCUUUGAGUCAUCAAACUAACGUCCUAACGAUGCGUUUUGCAUCCUUAUUCUUUAUUUUUUCACGCUUCUAUUUCCUUCCAUUCCCUCUCUCCAAUAUUCUCCUUUUAUAUCUCUAUCUCGCUAUAUAACCUGGGGGCGUUGUGGUCUGUCUCUUUUCUUUUUCUUUUUCUUCCCUUUCUUCCGAAGGGGGGGGUCUUUCUCCUUUUGUUUAUCCUCCCUCUGAUUGAGUCUGAGGUUGGAGAAAAUGUGGGGGGUGCAAGUGAGCGAGUAUUUAUUUAUGUAACUAUGUACAUCGGAAUCGCCACUCGGCUAUCUGGCUGGCUAUGUGGGAGGGAGAGGAGGGGGUGUAUAUAUAUGUGUAAUGAAUGGAAGUAAUGCCGUACAGGUUUA